GUGGAGUUCAGCUGUGAAGAAAGUGAUCAGACAGUGUUUCAGCACCAUGGUCAGCGUCCGCGUCGUCCUCAUCACCGCCUCCUUCUCCCUGUCCAUCAUCCUGACCUGCUGUGAGGAUUCACCGGACACUCGCUCCCUCCACCCCGACCUCAAGACCCUGCAGGAGAGACAGCUGAUAGAGGCUCUGCAGGCUGUGCUGGAGAAGCUGAAGAAUAAACAGCUGCCCAACGCCACCAAGAAGUUCGGACAACUGCCCUCGUGUGAUGCAGGAGAGCAGUGUGCAGCAAGAAAGGGAGCAAGGAUCGGUAAACUGUGUGGCUGCCCCCUGGGUACCACCUGCGACUUCUUCAUCAUGAAAUGUCUCUAACCACAGCCCUGUGUGUAUGAAUAUGUGUGUGAGAGAGUGUGUGUGUAAGAGUGUGUAAAGUUAUGCUAAUUUCAAAAUGAAGCCUAAAUAAACUGGAAUA